UGAAACUAUAUAGAUUAUGUGUAAUGGUUCUGAGAAAAGAUGAAGCUGUCAAUAAUAGUGAUCUUGAAGAAAGAUGAUAAAUCUGUUAUAUAAAAAUGUAAGUUAACUGACACCACGUGGGUCCUCGCUCCACUCUGACAUCACGCAGCAAAAAAAAAAAAAAAUCCUUCUCGGUGUGACGUCAUAGGGCUUCUGUAUUGUCAUAAAAGUAGCUGCUGUAGGAGUUUGUGUUCAGUUGCUCCUCUCGCGCGCUGGAAGUAACCUGCUCAUUCGAUCCUCUAAUCCUCUAAGCGAUUUAUAAGUCUGAUAGAAAGAGACUGAAAAUGGAAACCUUUAAAGCUGAUGUCGUUCCUUGUUUUCUGUGGAAAGCUUGGAUUCCAGAUGUGAACGUCGUGGCUCAACCUCAAAUACCGCAAUAUACAUUGCUGUUUCCUGGUCCUCUUAUGAGGGAUACAUUGGAGAAGAAUAACCUGAUCGAGUACAUCCUAGAAGCACAAAAGUUGUGUCUUCAACACAUUUAUGAUCCUCAUCAAGUGGAGAACUAUUUCUUUUGGCAGAUCAUGGAACUGUCCUGCAAUGAGAAUGGAAAAGUGAAUAUGUGUAAAAUCGCUCCUCUCCUCUUCAAUGGUUACAGCAUGCUGAAAAAGAAGGCACCAGAGCUCAACAUGAACCUCAAGACCUGGUGCAUUCCUCUGGUGCAGCUUUUGUACUCCUCAGGGUUGGAUGAUGAGCGCAGAGAAGCUGUGAUUAUGAUGGGAGAUGAUUUAGCCUCCAGAGGUCUGAUCUACGCAGCGCACAUCUGCUACGUGCUGGCAAAAGUGGAGCUGGGGUCACGCAGCCAGUUUCAGCUGAUCGGAUGUGACAGAAUACCAUUUGGCCUCAUGGUCCAGGAACAAGCCUUCAUAAGAACCGAGAUGUACGAAUACAUUCUGUCGCUCUCCUCAGGACUCGCACAGCCGAGCUUCCAGAUCUUCAAGUUAUGCCAUGCCAGCAGGUUGGCUAUGUAUGGUCAGUUGGAUUUGGCCCGUGAAUACUGCAAGACCAUCGCUAUGGCAGCCCUCUCUUUCCCCGACAGCUUCAAAAGGACCUUUUACAAUCGCCUUCUUUCGAUGUCUUUAAAACUGUUUGAAGGGAAGAGAACAAAAUCUGACUGGCUGAUGGACAUCUGGCAGCUGCGAGACAUUAAAUUAGCGGAUACCAAAUUAAAUAUUCAUAUAUACGAAUGCUGCCGGAAUAUUGGCAAGAACCUCACUUUGAAGCCUCCUAACCCAGGUGUGUUUCAUUUGUUGUACACCGUCGGAGAGGCGCUGGGGAAGGGACACUUUGGCUACGUCAAUGCAGGCGUUCAGAAGAAAGACGGUAAAAAGGUCGCCAUUAAAUACAUCGACAAGAAGAGCAACAUCAGACUCACGAGCGUUCCCAGUAGGAUGUACGAGGUUCCUUUGGAGGUGGCGCUGAUGAAGGCUGUGUCGGCUCAACCUCGCUGUAACAACGUGAUAGCUCUGUUGGACUGGUUUGACCUGCCCAAUCACAUCAUCAUGGUCCUGCAGCAUCCCAGUCCCUGUCUGAACCUCAGCGACUAUCUUCAGCUUCAAAAGAAUCCUCUGUCUGAAGCACAGGCUCGUAAAAUCAUGCGGCAGGUGGUUUGGGCGACUCGUCACUGCACCGCUCGCGGGGUGAUACACCGUGACAUCAAGACAGACAACCUCCUCAUAAACACUGAGACGCUGGUGGUCAAACUAAUCGAUUUCGGCUGUGGUGAUUGGCUGUUGGACACGCCCUACACAGAUUAUGCAGGUGCUAAUUUUUUGAUGCCACCCGAGUUUCUAUUACACGGAAAGUAUAUGGGCAUUCCUGCUACCAUCUGGAAUCUGGGCAUCAUCCUGUACAACUUGUUGACCGGAGACUUCCCUAUAAAAAUAGACAAUGAUUUGUACUUUGGGCUCCUAAAUCUUCAGCCUGACGUGUCUCCAGAGUGUUUCGAGCUGAUAAUGUGGUGCCUGGAAUUGAACCCAGAAUUGCGUCCCAGUUUCGAGGACAUCCUUGGCCACGAGUGGUUUGAAUGUGGAGUUCAGGACAAUGUCCAGAUCCCUCAAGGAACCAACAAUGUUAAUCGCACACAAGCGCCCAAAAACAGGAAAAUCAAGAAAUGCUAAAAGAAAUGAAAGAAGAUAAUAUUACACUUAUUUAAAAAAAAUAAGGAAAUAAUCAACACAAAUAAAUAUCACAUGUUCCUUUCACACCACUGUUCCUUUGGAAAAAAAAGCUACUGGAACGCCUCGAUUCACUCCGGGGAAAGAUCAACACCAGCUCCAAAGAAGUCACCAUUACAGUCUUCUUUCUUUCUUUCUUUUUCUUUCUUUUUUUCUUCCUUUCUUUCUUUCGUUCUUUCUUUCUUAAUUUAUUUAUUUCAACAAUAAUAAAAGGUGUAAAUGUCUAAAAGAAAUGCGAGUGCAUUCUGGAAUUCAUUAUAAUGGAAAAACAACCGAAAUAGCACAAAAAUUAAAUCUGCGGAAUAUUAAAAAGGUCGUCCUAUAAUAACAAUUCAACAUCGAAUUAAAAAAAAAAGAAAGAGUUAAAGCUUAUGAAUAAUAUUUGUAUAUUUUCAGGCAUAUUGUGAAUGUAAAUGUGUGGUGAAAAGGAUUACAAUGUAAAUA